GCCAUCAAUGAUGAGAUCAAGCCCUGUUGGAGGACUGUGCAGCUCGGUAAGGUCUUCGAGAUCCCUACCGAUGUUCUCGAUAUGCAGUUUGUCGAUGAUAUCAUCGCCAGCGCCCCUGAGGAUAUUCCUGUUGUGAAGGGUAAGACCAUGGCUGCUGAUGAUUUCUUCGAGGGUCAGGGACGAACUGAUGGUGCUCUUACCCCUUGGUAUACUGAGGAGGAUAAGAUUAACUUCCUCCAUCGCCUACAUGAUGCUGGUGUCCGCAACAUCGAGAUGGAGAGUGUCGCCCUCAUGGGCUUCUGCCAGCGUGCCAAGAUCCCCGCUGCUUGCGUAUGUGUGACCUUGGUUAACAGGUUGGAGGGUGAUCAGAUUACCUCUACUAAGAGACAACUCGCCAAGUACAACGAGUACUCCAUUCGUGUGGUCAGCAACUUCAUUGCUACCACUCAGGCAAAGAUUGCCCAUUAA